AUGGGGCAUGAAAACCAAACUAGAGAGAUCCAGUUCCAUUUCCACCCCUUUUCGCCCAUCCUGGAGGUCCAGAUGUUUAUUUUUGUGCUGUUCCUGCUGUUGUACAUUGGCAGUCUCCUUGGUAAUGCCACAAUCUCUCUCACUGUCUGGGCUGAGCGUUCGCUCCACAUUCCCAUGUACUUUUUUCUGGCCAACCUGGCAGUGCUGGAGAUCUUUUACUCUUCCACGGUGGCCCCUCUGGCUUUGGUCAACCUCGUGACCAUGGGGAGGAUUCCCAUCUCCUUCGCUGGUUGUGGCACUCAGAUGUUCUUCUUUGUUUUUCUGGGUAGUGCUGACUGUAUCCUCUUGGGGAUCAUGGCUUACGAUCGGUUUGUAGCAAUCCGGGAGCCCUUGCGUUACACCCUCAUCAUGAGACGGCAGCUGUGUGCCCAGCUGGCUUUGGGAGCUCUGCUCCUUGGUUUCAUUCUAGCUUUACAACUGACAGUUCUGAUCUUCCAUCUGCCAUUUUGUGGCCACAACAGAAUCACCCACUUCUACUGUGAUGUGCUGCCCAUCCUGAGGUUGGCAUGCGGGGAUACUCGGAUGCAGGAAGCCAUGAUCUUCAUCGUCAGUGUCAUCAUCCUCACCAUCCCCUUUUCUCUGAUCUCCAUCUCCUACAUCUUCAUCAUUGCUGCCAUUUUGAAGAUCCGCUCGGCCGAGGGAUGGAACAAGGCCUUCUCCACUUGCUCUUCUCACCUGACUGUGGUUCUUCUGCAGUAUGGUUGCUGCAGCCUCAUCUACUUACGCCCCAGUUCCAGCUACAACCCAGAAAUGGGCCGAGUGGUGUCUGUUGUCUACACCUUUGUCACCCCUGUCUUGAAUCCUUUGAUUUACAGCAUGAGAAACAAGGAGCUGAAAGAUGCUCUGAACAAAGUAGUGAGAAGGCAUUUAUUGCAGUAG